AAUCAAACCCUGCUCUAAUAAAUAUGGCAACAAAGAUCAGAGGAAAGGCACACGGAUGCAAGCGUUGUGGUCAGUUGUUUGACCAGUUGUCAGCUUACAAGCAACAUGAACGAACUCACACAAGAGAGAAGCCGUAUUCAUGCAAGCAUUGUAAGAAGUGCUUUAGUCAGUCAUCACAUUGGAAGGAACAUGAACGAACUCACACAGGAGAAAAACCGUAUACAUGCCAGCAUUGUAAGAAGUGCUUUAGGCGGUCAUCAGAUCGUGUGAGACAUGAACGAACUCACACUGGAGUGAAGCCGUAUUCAUGCAAGCAUUGUAAGAAGUGCUUUAGCCAGUUAGGACAUUGCAAGCAACAUGAACGAACUCACACAGGAGUGAAGCCGUAUUCAUGCAAGCAUUGUAAGAAGUGCUUUGGUCGGUCAUCAGAUUGCAAGAAACAUGAAGGAACUCACACAGGAGUAAAGCCGUAUUCAUGCAAGCAUUGUAAGAAGUGCUUUGGUCGGUCAUCAGAUUGCAAGAAACAUGGAGGAACUCACACAGGAUCACAAAACGCAGUUCAACUACAGCGCAUUCGUGAAGUGUACGCGCAUGCGUAG